AUGUCCUUCAAUCGUAAACAAAGAUCACGGUCUGGUUGCAAUUGCUGUAAGAAGGCUAGGAUAAAAUGUGAUGAGACUAAACCAAAAUGCGAAAACUGCAUAAGAAGAGGACAUGACUACUGCGAUUACUCAAUACAGCUGAAAUGGGGUAAAAAGCCUCUCAAAAACUCACAAAAAAUCACGAAAGACCUUCCAGAUGCCUCUUUUGUCGACGGUAUACUGGUAAUGGCAAAGAAAAGAGUUAAAAAAUCAAUAAAGGGUGUUGGCGCUAAUAUAGAAAGCUUGCCUCUCGAAAGCGGCCGGAUGUUGCUGGCACCAUCGCAUGUGCCGAAUCUUGGAUCAUCCACUUUGUCAAAUUUCGUCACUUCGCCUGCCCUUGGGCUUGUUUGUGACAAUGUCAGUGCCAUUGAAGAUCCUGAUCAGGAACGAGACACAGAGUUGGCAGACAUGGUUAUUGGCAGCUUACCACGGGGGUCACCUCUACUAGUCAGCGAUCUUUUAAAAGAUCAGGUUAAUUUUGAUCACAAGUAUUUUAAUUUGAACGCCCUGCGCCUUGCCCAUCCUUCGCCGAAUAUUCUCUUCAACUCUGUCUACUAUUCGGAGCUUUUUGGUUUUUAUCUUCGGGAAACAUCACAUUUAUUAGUGCCUACUCCUCACUAUGAAUAUCGAACAAAUCCUUUCCACACCAUCCUUCCACAAAUGGCAAUGCAAAGUUCAACCCUAAUGAAUUUGAUCUUGGCAUUUGGGGCCAAUCACAGGAAGCAAAUUAUGGAUUACCAGCAAGGAUCCCAUAUCGCACCAUUAGAUAUUACGAGGAGAGAUGAAUCAGUGGCAAAUGCGCUUCUAAGUCAAACUUUUGUGCAACUAUUCGCUCAUUUAACGGACAUAAAACAAAGGCGUGAUAACACUACACUAGCUACUAUUCUCAUGCUUGCAGGGUUUGAUAUUUUCUUUAGCGAUACCAGAAAUAAAUGGAGAGCUCAUAUUUUUGGUGCCCGAGGGCUGAUACUAGAUAAAUUAAGGACAGGGCACAAAAGCUCCUUCCGUGUUACAUCCACAGCCACUGCCACAGACGCCGACACUUUUUUGGAUCACUGGUUUUCUUAUUUGAAUAUUAUUGCAUCCCUCUCUUCGGUUAAAAGAAAUGUAGCAAAAGAAUCGUUGAGAUCACUCACCUACGAGUUUGAUUACGAAGAACGUAAAUCAGAAAUAUAUGAGCGCCGGCUACGCUGGGAAGAUAUAGAUUAUCUUACUGGUAUGGAAACCAAAGUCUUAUCGUUACUAGCAGAUAUCGCUGACUUGGUAGACCAAAAGGAAUCGCUGGCAGAUUUAAUUGAACUACAUCCACUACUGCUGAAGGCGUUGGACUUGGACCACAAUAUUUUGACUUACCUAGAUGAGUCAGAAGUUGAGAGAGAUGCGAUUGAGAAAGAUGUAUUUGAUGGUCGCCUUCGUCUAACUAAGCUCUGCUCCAGUACAGAUUCUAACUACAAGACUUAUAAAACAUUGAGGGCGAUUAAUAUGAUCUUUGGUUUGACGGGUUUACUGCAAUUAAAGAGAAGGGUCAUAGGCAUUCCGCAGGGAAGUCCAGUGAUAAAGGACCUCUUGAUACGUGUUACGAAACUAAUAGAGGAAUGGAUACCCUUCAAUUCUUCGGCAGAAUCUUGUAUCACAUUUUGCCUUUUCUGCUGCGGCUGUGAACUUGUAAGUAGGGAUCUUGUGUCAUCUCGCAAGAUAUAUAUGGAUCACAUCGAGAUUUUGCUACAGAACGGUAUGGCAAGUGCCCAACAGGCAAAGAUGGUGAUGGAGGAUUGCUGGAAAGACAAAAAGAGCUGGUGGGAAAUUUUGGAGGAACGAAAUUUGGAUCUAGCGUUUGCCAUUUGA